CUCAUUCGGCCUGUUCCGUAAAAUUCUCAAAGUGUAGCUCUCUGUAAUCCCCGAUUAGGGCAAUCCAACGGCACUGCGCAGGGAGAAGAAGAAGACGACCAACCAAUGCUUCAACAAAUUCAAUAGCAUCAAAUACUUAUUCAAAUCAAAGAACCAGAUUCCGCCAUUUCAGCUUCCAAGAAGCUCCAGAUCGAACCCACCGCCACCCACCACCCUGACUCGGUACUGAGUCUGUUCAGAGCUCACGGGUUGACUCGGAGCCACAUCAAAAAUCUAAUCACCAAACGUCCGGGAUUGCUUUUGGGCGAUUUAGACAGUAGCAUUGGACCCAAUUUGGAUUUGUUCAAGUCCUUGGGGUUUUCGGGAACUAGCCUUGCGAAAAUGGUUGGCAAAGAGCCUCGUGUGCUCGAAUGCAAUGCGAAAACGGUGUUUGAGUUCUUUAGGAGUCAUGGAUUGAGUGAAAAGGAUGUAGCAUCCUUGAUGAUGAAGCUUCCUGCAUUGUUUGUAUACGAUGCAGAGAAGAUUUUUAAGCCAAAGAUUGAGUUUUUCAGGUCUUUGGGGCUCUCAGAGAUUGAAAUCGCGACGAUUUUGUCCAACGAGCCUUAUGUUUUAACUAGGAGCCUUAAACACCACUUCAUACCGAGUGUUAAAGCACUUAGGCGGUUUCUUGGCAGUGAUGAGAAUGUGCUGAAGGCUAUAAAGGGAUACUACCGGAUGCUUGAGUGUAAUUUGGAAAAGUUACUUGAGCCGAACAUAACAUUGUUGAGGAGCCAUGGUGUGCCAGAGUCACUGAUUGUGAAGAUUUUCAUGAUUCAGCCAAAAACACUGCUUCUGAGGAAUGCAGUGCUCAGUGAGAUUAUUGGUCAUGUUAAAGAUUUGGGUUUUGAACCUAAUAAUCUGCUAUUUGUUUUAGCUGUGCGGAGCAUGGCAGUGAUGAGUACGGCACUAUGGGAGCAGAAGUUGGAAACUUAUACAAGUUUAGGUUUGUCGAAAGAUGAGAUUUUUGCAGCGUUCAGAUCGCAACCCAUGUGUAUGAUUACUUCGGUGAAGAAGAUCCAUCAAUUGAUGGAUUUUUUUGUGAAUAGGUUGAAUUUGAAGCCGUCAAUGGUUGCGAAGCAUCCAAACCUUUUGCUGCUCAGCAUGGAGAAGAGAAUUCUUCCUAGGUGUUCAGUUCUGCAACUUUUAUUGUCACGGGGUUGAUAAAGGAAGACAUUAACUUCCCCUAUGUGCUCAAACUGACCGAGAAGGCUUUCAUGCGGAAGGUAUUGAGCAAGUAUGAACAAGUGGUUCCUGACAUUGUCAAGGCAAAUAAAGGCCAGAUAGAAUUUCAAGGGUUUCCAGUUCCCUUAAUAUGCAAGUAACAAUGAUGAAAUUGAACGAUUGAGCUUGUCCAGAAGGAUCCCGAAUUUAUUAACUUCAUCGUGUUGGCUGUGGAUGCUGAUCUUACUCAUUGGUUGAGAAGUUAAAAGGGAACAAGAGCAAAAUAUCAACCAGUUAUCUUGCCAACCUUGGAUGGCAAUAAGAACUGGUCAAUUCUGAGAACUAAAGACGAAUCAACAUCUGUAGCAAGAAACCAUGUUUCAGGAUAGUAAUUUCUUACAUGCUAUGAACUCACCUGUAGACAUGGUAUGUGAGACUUCAAAUUUCAAUUUAUUCAAGGAUGUCCAAGUUUGUGAAGCCUUGAGUAGGAACUACACAUUUCGAGCAAUGUUAUGGCCUCUAAACUGGAUGAUUACUCUUUACAUUUUCA